AUGUGGACCAGAUACAACUCGGCCUACUCGAUGACCCCGCUGCUACGCCAAUCCAUAUUCUCUAUAACCUUCCGCUACACCAACAGCAUCAGCAUCGACAACACAGACCCGAUCGUCGUUGGCGUUGUACGUCGCCCCCGCCCGCCGCCGCGCUACACCGCGUACGAACAUACGCACAGUCAUCACCACAACCCGUUCCAGUCCAGGUCAUCGUCAUCGGCCUCCAGCCUCUCCUUUCUCGUAAUGAAUGCUGUCAACGGACUAGCCUACACAGAACACGGCACCACGACCAGAGGAAGAAGCGGCACGCACUAG